AUGUCAGCAGUUGAACAGUCUACAGUCGAUGAUAAUGAGGAACAACCAGCUAAAGAGCGCAUCAUCCUCAAUGUUGGAGGAGUUAGGUAUGAGACCUAUCGCCAUACUCUAACGGCUUAUCCCGAGACCAGACUUGGAAUGAUGUUUCGUGAGAACACAAACUUGACUGUACAAAAAUCAGCGAAUGAUGAAUAUUUUAUUGAUCGUGACUGUCAUCUUUUCCGCUACAUUCUUCAAUUUUAUCGUACUGGGAAAGUGCCAAUGCCCGAUGAUGGUAAAGGCCUAAUUCCAAUCUCACGUGAAGAACUUGAAGUUGAGCUGGACUACUUCCUUAUUCCUCGCACCAAACCUGUAGUUACUCUGCCCCCACCUCCAGAAUUGUCAUUUCGAAGAAAAUUAAUAGCCACGGAUAUAGACAGAUUUGUUGCGUCGUUAAAAUCGGUCGUUGUCGAAAUAGCAAAACAGUUCAAACGAGAGUUUUUACUACAAAAGGACUUCGAAUUCGUAGUCGAAGUGGGCUUUCGCGAGGACGGUCGUAUCGGAGACUUGACUAUAAAUCCACCAGUUACAGUGAAAAGUCAGAUCAGAAGUAUGCUUGAACCUUUGGGAAUGACAGGUUUUCUUUUGUUGGAUAAGUUUGGGAAGGAGAUUGGUGGCCAUCUGGACGCAACCGUUUCAGGAUUGCAAUGGUCAUCUGUUAAGAAACCAGAGCCGGGUUCUUUGGGUAACUGGAUCGGAAUGGUGAAAUACUACCUGGUCAGAAUCGCUGUAAAGGAUACUUUUUGUGAUCAUGGAAAGAUAGUUGAAGAUUCAAUACUUUCUGUUGCUAUUGAUGAAUAA